AUGAGGAAAAUACUUGUCACGAUGUUUGAAACUAGUACCCCACCAAUCAUAGCUACUAACCCACCCAUUCCAACUCCCGCAAAGCAGCUCAUCAUCGAUUGUGCUCAGUGGUUUGAGUUCAUGGAAAUCUCGCCGAUAUCCAAAUUUGCCGAUUUGUGGAGUUCUCUCAAAACCCCUGUUGAAAAUUAUUUGCCGAGCAAACAAACGACAGCGUUGAUACAAGGAGGGUACUCGUAUGAAGUGGGUCCCGAGUCGACGUCACACGACACCGACUUGAACGAUUACACUAUUAUUAACACGGACGACGACUUUCCGUGUUACACCAAAUAUUUUUAUCAUAACUCUGCCGUUAAACACUACUUUGAUAAAACAAACAACCAAAUAGUGUCGUGCAUCAAAGAUUCGACGUUCAUGAAGACGUAUGUCCGAUCUGAGGAAGGGAUCAUUCGGUGUGUCAUUCAAAGUGAAGACUCGGCCGUUAAAAGUGAAGAGGUCUUCCAUGGAAGUACUCAAAUCGAACGAAUGAGUAACGACUUUGAUAUUGAUGAAGACCUAAUGAGGUUCCACGCGUCAAUGGCAAUCACUAAAUACCGGUUUGGAGUCGUUUAUGUGGGGCCGGGGCAAUACCAGGAGAACGAAAUAUUUGCGAACGAUAAUCCGUCGCCGGCAUUCUGGAAAUUCAUGGAUUUGAUUGCAAAGAAAGAGAAGUUAAAGGGAUAUGAUCGUUAUGCGGGAGGACUCGACACAAAAGGAGACGUGACUGGGACGCAUAGUUUUGCAAUUCAGUUUGAGUCGUAUGACUGUAUGUUCCAUGUUGCGCCGAUGAUUCCUCGAGAACCAAAGGACGAGCAAUCAUUGGAAAGGAAAAGGUUUGUCGGAAAUGACGUCGUCGUCAUCGUUUUUAAAGAACAGCUUAAUAAGGACGACGUGUUCGUUCCGUCAAAUAUAUCUUCACAUUUCACUCAUGUCUUCAUAAUUGUCACACCAAAUUUGACGACGGAAAAUAACGAGUCGUACACUAUAUCCAUUGCUUCGAAGGACUGCGUUAAACCAUUUCCGCCGUUCUUAAGACCGACGCGCACACACCCAAUCUUGCCAGUGUUGCCGCACGACUCGAUGACAAGACAAUUUAUAAUGAGGAAAUUGAUCAAUGGAGAACGAACAGCACUGAAGUCAAAAGUCUUUGCUGCGAACUCAAAGAGGGUGUUUCAGUCCCAAAUCAAACAGCUUUUUGAUAAAUACGCAAAAUAA